AUGAGCAUAGCCGAACUAGGAUUUAAUAAUGAUCAAACAUAUGCUUUAAUUCCUAUCCAAACUUCUGGAAGACGCGUUAUGGGUAGAGAUCCAGUUAAAAAACUUGCUUUGUAUAUUAAAGAGAAUGAAGAUAAUCUUGAAGUCGAAGAAAUAAAUGAAUUAGCUAUAAUUUGGCAAAAACAGGCCCUACUGACAUAG